AUACAACAUAUGAACAUGGCGCCACGAGGUCGAAAGCCGACCAAAAGGCAGGAGGAAUAUCCUGUGACCCAGUAUCCAAUAAAUAAUAUGACUUUUGAUGGUAUUCGAGAUAUAGAGUUUGCUGAUGACACUAGUACUCUCACGGGUUAUGGUAUACCACUUCCACCUCAACUGCUGAAUAUACCUGUAACAAACAAUCGCAUGGGUAUUUAUAACCUUAUAAAACAUGUCUUGGUUAGCUACGAAGAAGCCUUGGUAGAUGCAGUGGCAUCUUGUAACGAUGAAAAGUUCGAAAAAAGGAAGACUAUGUUCACUAAAUUAAUUGCUGCCGUCACUGUUAGAUGGUAUACCACGUAUCGUUGGAAGACGUAUGAUAGGGUCCUGGCAGGCCCGAGAAAUGUGAGCACUCCGGACCAGCUUGCAUUAAAACGAAGAAAGAACUCGGAAAACCUGCAUGUCUACCAAGUAUUAUGGGAGGAGCACUGUUAUACGAUGAAGCGACUAUUGGAAGAGUGGAAUGAAGCUGUCGAUAUAUAUGAGGCAUUUAAAAGCGGUGACGGUGUACAAGACGAUUGUGAAAUGGCCGACGUAAUGGAACGCCUUAAUGAAAUUAUGCACGUGAAUUCGGAACCCGCGGAGGAACGUCCACCUGCAACAGAUUGCCAAGAUCUUGCUGGUAUAUUAAAGGACGCACAUGAGUUAAUAUCGGCCUCUGACAAUGCAAACAACGAAGACUCUAUAGAACACCUGAAGAAACAAAACAUUAACGAGUUCCAAUCCAUGGUAAACAUAGGUAUCAAACAAUUUGAAGAGCUUCUGGACGAGUUGUCCAUACACCUCAACAAUUUGUCACAAUUUUCACGACUAUUAUCGCGAAAACUGUUUGUCAAAAGACCGUUAUCAGAAUACGUUGAUAAGCUAAAGAAUAUGCCCACGCACGCCACCGUAGAAACAGACGCUGACCUUUUCACAACACAUAAUGGCACGUAAAUUC